AAUAUAUGUGUGUGGUACAAAUUCUGAUUUCUGAGCGAUUUGUUGCAAAUUUUAUAUAUUUAUAAAUUGUUACAUUGGUACAUUACAAAAUUUUUGCAAAAUGAGUGGUCUUACAGUUGAAGAACGAAAAGCAUUAGCAAAGAAAUAUUUAGAAACUUCAGUGGUAGAUGUCCAAAAGGCGCGUGACAGAAUACGACCACAUGUGCAUAAAACUGCGCUGUAUCGAUCUUUGUGGCUAAGUGACGAAAGCACCGAAUCUAAUGUAUAUUUGAAAAUGGGUAAGGUUAUUUACGUUAGUACUCGAAAGUAGAACCCCCCCAAAAUAGAAGCAUUUUCCAGGGGUUGCCUGGAACCAAUAGUUCUGUGUAUUUGACGAUUUUAGACGCCCCCCCCCCCCCAACUCAUUUGGGCUGGGUUUAAUCCCCUUGAUCUCGGUCUGACCUUGGGGGAGUGAUUCAUGCCUUAGUUGGGAAGUCCUUUCUGACAAAGAGCCUUUGAUCAAAAUGUCUUGUGUUUUUCAGGUAGAUGAAGCACAUGCAAUCUGCUACAAUUUAGUUAACACAUUUUGUGUUACUCUGUAACACGCUCUGUAACACAAUUUUACUCGAUCAUCAAUGUAGGGAGUCUCGCUCUUUAAUCGGAUUAAUCCUUGUUUACAGCACACAAUUUGCACCAAAAUUAGUUUGUAUGAUCACAGUUUGUGAAACUUUUAUUGAUAUGUUAUUAAGAAAGUGAACAAAUAACUGGUUCAUUCAAAGCAAGAGGAGCAUUCAACAAGAUUUGCAUAGUCAAAGAGACGAAUGAUUCUUUGUCAGAGGAAAAUCAGUACAGUAUUACAACUGCUUCAUCUGGAAACCAUGGGCUGGCUUGUGUAGGUGUUCUAUUUGUUUAGCAUUAGUGGGGGUCCAGUGUUCAACCUUUUAAGUGGCAAUGCGCCGUUGAGGCUCCAUAACACCAGACAAUUUUACUUGUCAAGGGGUCAAAGUGCUACCACUCGAUGACUUAACAAUAGUUGCAGAGGUGUCUGUAUUAGAGAGGUGUCUGUAUUAGAGAGGUGUCUGUAUUAGAGAGGUGUCUGUAUUAGAGAGGUGUCUGUAUUAGAGAGGUGUCUGUAUUAGAGAGGUGUCUGUAUUAGAGAGGUGCUUGUAUUAGAGAGGUGUCUUCAUUAGAGAGGUGUCUGUAUUAGAGCGAUCUCUAUAUUAGAGAGGUGUCUGUAUUAGAGAGGUGUCUUCAUUAGAGAGGUGUCUGUAUUAGAGAGAUCUCUAUAUUAGAGAGAUCUCUAUAUUAGAGAGGUGUCUGUAUUAGAGAGGUGUCUGUAUUAGAGAGGUGUCUGUAUUAGAGAGGUGUCUGUAUUAGAGAGGUGUCUGUAUUAGAGAGGUAUCUGUAUUAGAGAGGUGUUUGUAUUAGAGAGAUCUCUAUAUUAGAGAGGUGUCUGUAUCAGAGAGGUGUCUUCAUUAGAGAGGUGUCCUCAUUAGAGAGGUAUCUUCAUUAGAGAGGUGUCCACAUUAAAGAGGUGUGUCUGUGUUAAGAGUUGUUAGAGGUACCUAUAUUGGAGAUCAAGGUGUCUGUAUUUAGAGAGGUAUCCCUAUUAAAGCCAUGUCGCUAAAGGAGCGAGUUGACUGUAGUGUCGGCAUAAAAUGAGCAUGUAUUUCCAUCUUGUUUUAUUAGGCACUGGCUAUGAAAACUCUAGGGGUGCAAGGAAAAAUAUUCGUCCCAGAAUGUGCGGCCCAAGCCAAGAUGGAUGCAAUCAGGAAAUAUGGUGGCAAGUUAGAAAUAUAUGGUGAUGAUUGUGUGAAGGCAGAGGCUCGAGCUAAACAGAUUGCACAAGAGACCGGGCGUGCAAUGUAUAUUUCUCCUUAUAAUGACAUGCAAGUUGUUCAUGGCCAAUCUACUAUUGGGUAUUACUAUGUAAAAUAAUUCAUAUAUUUAUAUAUUGAUCGAAACCAUGCAACACUAUUCACUAUGUAACACCAGAUUAUUUUACUCAAAUCUAGCUUGAAUUUUAUUGCACUAUACAGUGUAAUUCUUGAUGACAGCUAACAUGUUGUCACAGCUAUUAAUUACCCAUUAAGUGCCAGCACUCUCCCCUUGACGAGUAAAAUUGUCUUGCUGUUAGAUGGAGUAAAAUAAUGUAGGGCGCAUCAGGACGCAAUGAGACUCGAUGGGUUAAGUGCCUAAUUUCAGCCUUAAUGUAUUUAUUCUUGGAUUAGUCCUGAAGAAAUAAGUUUGCUGCUUUGCUUUAUGGGUUAAAGUGAUAUUGGCUUUGGUUUUAAAUUUUUUAUGCUAUUGUGUUUAGGCUUGAAAUUCUGGAAGAUUUACCAGGUGUUGAUUCAGUUUUUAUUUGUACUGGUGGUGGAGGUCUUAUUUCUGGAAUUGCAACAUACAUGAAAGCUAUGAAACCCUCUGUUAAGGUACUAAAUGAAAUAAAAGAAAUGGGUAAAGUGCAUCCUAUGUUAGUUUAAUCUGAUCCCUAUUUUACUUGCCAAGGGAGAGUCUUUGAAAAUUAAUGGGUUAUAUAGACUGAGGUUGUCAUACCUGUGUUUUAUUGGUUCACACUUUCGGUUUUAGGUUGUUGGCUGUCAGCCAUUAAAUUCUUGUGUAAUGUAUGAAUCCUGCAAAGCUGGAAAAAUCCUUGAUCUUCCCUCACUGCCCACAUUGUCUGACGGUUCAGCUGGUGGAGUAGACCCUGAUGCCGUAAGUCUAUGUCAUUUAAUGCUAAGAUAAUACCAUUUUAACAUGUGGUCCCACUUUCAGUUUUCAACUCUAAUCUGACAAAUUUAUUUUUUUUAAAUUUAAAUAUUUUGGUCGAAUGGGUAGGAGGGGGGGGACCACACCCAAAUGUUCUGAGGUUGGGCAAAAACGUUGUUUCAUGAAAACAAUGACUUUGAGAGAACACAUUUAAAAAAAAUUGAAAAUUAAAUUUUGGUCAAAUUUUAUUUGUCAUUUUAGUUCACAUUUGACUUGUGCUGCGAGUAUGUUGAUAAAUGGAUUCUGGUCUCUGAAGACGAGAUCUCUCAGGCAAUGUACUUCAUGUUACACAAAGAACACAAGGUAUAUAUAAACACGCACCUAGGUGUUUUAGAGGAACAAGCCAAUUUUGCAAGGGGAACAAGGGAAGGGAACACAGACCCACCCCCUAGGAGACCCUCGUCAUGCAUUACUGUCUCUCUAGAGGUGACAUAGGUAUAAUGGUGACAUUAGUAUAGGUGGAAACAUAAACUCACCUAGCUUCAUUUAUACAGCAUGGGUAUAGCUCUAUGAAUCUAUUUCAACAGUUCCAUAAGGGACCAGUGUUACUACAGAGGAAAAUCGGAUUAGUAGUCUAGACUGACCAGUCUGUUUACAUGGUAGAGUCAAAUUGAAGACACUCGACUUGUGACCUGAGUGGCAAAGCUAGCCAUAGCAACAGGACAUGCUUAAAAAUGUUUAAUGAGUUGCAUUGUCGAACGUUUAGAAAUGUAUCUCGCUAACUGACUUUCAUUAUGUGACUAUAACUAUGUCGAAGUAUGAGUAAAUUGAUAUAGCACUUUAGUGACUUUACAAAUUGAGUAAUUGUGAUUUUCUCCACAGUUAGUCGAGGGUGCAGCUGCCGUGUGUGUCGCUGCUUACACAAAAGAAAAAGAAAAUCACAGAGGAGAGACUAUUGUGUUAUUAAUGUGUGGUGGAAAUGUUGGUGUUGAUGUUCUACAGGAUAUUAUACAAAAUAGACACCAAUAAUUUUUAUCCGUGGUGGGAUCUGAUUGAGAUCUACUUUUUCAACAAAUUGUUAAGUGGUAAUAGCCUUAACAUUUUGUUAAUUGCUUCAGUUUUUUGCCAUUUUUUCAAAAAACAGAAAAGUGGACAAAAUGGUGAAAAAGUAAACAAAAGACAUUGACCUGACCAGGGCAGACCAACUUUUGAUGUGCCAAGUAAUUAAUGAAAAUUCUAGUUAAAUUUGUGAUAUUUUAUAUUUUGUGGUUCCAUUCCAUCAAUUAUCAUGUGUAUUUCUAUUUAACAAUUUUGUAUAAUUAUUUUAGAUAUAAUUAAUUUGUCCACUGAAUUUGUCAAUUAGUAUACUGACAUUACUGUUUAUUGCAUUCUUGCCCCAAUGGCUUGCUUUUCAUGUGGCACUUUUCAUAAUGCCUUGAGAUAAAAAAGUAACAGACUUUGUGCAUGAGACAUGGGGACAUAAAUUAACUAUGUACACAUGUCAUUCUAUUAUAAGAAGCGAACAAUGGACACAAGGUCAUUGAGGCAAAAGUACAAAAAACCGUAAAGUAAAAAAAGUUUUGCAUUGUGAUAAAAUUAUUAAUAUAAUUGUUUGUUUGGUGGGAACCUAGUCAUUAACCCAUGGCCUACCCGCCCAAUUUUUAAACAUCCACUGCCAUUUUAAGAAAUUUGGCAGGCAGCAGUAGACCCUAGCUAGCCUUUAUAAAUAAUCACAGAUUCUUUGACAAAAACAAUUAGAAUAAGUCCAUUAUGUCUCAUUAGUCAGUGCAACUUAGAAGUUUUCCGUCUCUCUCCUUCACCUUCCCCAGUGAAAACACAAUACAUCCAAUAUGC